UCGCGACUCGCGUGAGAGAAAAGCAUCAAGCUUUCGUCAGAUCUCACGCUUAUUUCUUCUCUCCUACCUCCGCUUCACCUUCACCUGCGCGAUUCCGGCGAGCCCACCGCCGCCGGCUCGCCGGCGAUCCUCCCGAAGCAUCUGGUCGGCCGCCAAUUUCUACACCGGAGCACGCGCCUUCGCCUCGAGGCGGAAAAAGGCUUCGUAUCUUUUGCGGGCGUCAGUAGUAGUAGUAGCGUGUGUCGGCUGCACUGGCUUGGAGUUGGAGGAGGAGAGGAGGAGAUCCAUAUCCGUUCCGUUCGCGAGUGGUUUGAUCGAUUCCUUUUUGGUGUUCUUCGCUGCUGUGCGCGAUCCGGUUUGGUGAGGUGGAGGUCGCCGGCAAUGGAUCACGGCGGCGGAGGAGGCGGAGGAGUUUGGAUCCGGGCGGCGGUGGCGGUGGCGGCGGGCGGCGCCAUCGCGGCGCGCGCGGUGCGGCGCAAGUCCGUCGACUCCACCGCGGUGUUCGUCGGCGUUCCGGCCAUGGUGGCCCACACCGUCGCUGGGUACAGGUUCGCGGGGAUGCUGCUGGUGUUCUUCUUCACGGCGUCGCGGAUGACGAGGGUCGGCGAGAAGAGGAAGCGCGCGCUUGAUCCCGACUUCAAGGAAGGAGGGCAGCGCAACUGGAAGCAAGUUUUGUCAAACAGUGGCAUUGCAAGUGUCUUGGUAGUUUUGAUAGCACUUGUCACAGGAGGGAGCGAUAGGUGCUUGGAUACGAGAGAAUCUAGUCUUGUAACUGCCCUCAUUGGUGGUGUUAUUGGACAUUAUGCUUGCUGCAAUGGUGAUACAUGGUCUUCUGAGCUCGGCAUUCUCAGCAAAGCGGAACCACGAAUUAUCACAACAUUCAAGAGAGUACGGAAGGGUACCAAUGGCGGGGUAACCAUUGAUGGACUUCUCGCAGCAGCGGCUGCUGGAUUCUCGAUUGGGCUUACAUUUGUGCUACUAGGAUUCUUAACCACUCAGUGUUCUUCUGAUGUAUUCUGGAGGCAGCUGCUGGUUAUACCCUUAGCUACAGCAGCUGGCCUAUGUGGAAGUCUGAUCGAUUCGUUGCUGGGCGCAACACUCCAGUACAGUGGGUACUGUAGUCUUCGUAAAAAGGUGGUUGGAGUAGACGGUCCGACGGUCACCAGGAUUUCAGGACGGAAUAUACUGGACAACAAUGGUGUCAAUGUAGUUUCUGUGUUCUUGACUACUCUGAUCACUGCAUUGGCGUGCGUAUACAUCUUCUGAGGUCUUAGUUGUGUAGAGUAGUGGUAGAGGCAGUAGCAACACAUCACAGGUUCUCAUACAAUACAACUGAUGAAAUUCAGACAGAAAAUCUUAUGACAGUUGCUUCUUUCUGGGCAUUCCUAACAAUAGUUGCAACUGUUGUUUUAGCAAUUUUUCACACAGAAUCCAAUUUUUGUAUGGAUAGAUUCAGCUCUAGUGAUCUUAAUACAGAUGUCGCAUUGAAUAGAGAAAUCUUUCUUUGUAUCAGAAAUGUGUGCGCUUUGUCAUGAACAUCCCAUUUGUACAAUAUACGUUAUCCCAUUGUUAUAUUAGUUGGAUGCUUGUUACGGUCUGAUUAA